ACACACACCCUCAUUCAGCCUCUCUCCAUCUAUUUUUCACAAUUUCUGCCUCCCUGCCUGUCUCUCUCUCUUUCUCUCCCAAUGUCCUUCUCUCGCGUCCACCUCUCUCUCUCUCUCUCUCUUUCUCUGCUCUCUCCGCGCUCUCUUUCUCGGAGACCUCUCUGGCUGAAGCUGUGGUAAAUAGAUGGCAGCGUGAGACCAGAGGAUGAUAAAGCUUUCCUGCCUGUAGAGUCAGUGCCAGAAGUGCCAGAAGAGAGUGCCUGUGAUCACGUAUCAGACUACCUCCUAGUGUCUCAGACUUUACUUCACUGCCCAGUGUCUGCAUGGCAUUCAAAGCUGGAGCUUGAAGUAAGCAGCUCCUCAUUAUGCACAGAAACCCUCUAGACGGAUUAAGGGAAUAAUGAAGAAAGAAGUAAACUGAAGAGUACUGACUGAAGAGAUCCUACAAAAACAAUGAAUGCCACGCACCAGCAUCACCAUGGAUCAUUUCACCUAUGGAACCACAGCUCUGGAGCUCCGCCUCUUAGCCAUCAGCAGCACCAGGCCGGGGCGGAGAGACACCAUGGUUCGUCUGGGUGUUACGAGCAGCUGCUCAUCUCCACCGAGGUCUUCCUCACGCUGGGCAUCGUCAGCCUGCUGGAGAACAUCCUGGUCAUCGCCGCCAUCAUUAAGAACAAGAAUCUGCACUCUCCCAUGUACUUCUUCAUCUGUUCCCUGGCCAUGGCCGACAUGCUGGUCAGCGUCUCCAACGCCACUGAGACCAUCGUUAUGGCAACGAUCACUGACGGAAAUCUGGGGAUUGGUGGUGGCGUGAUCAAGAGCAUGGACAACGUGUUUGACUCCAUGAUCUGUAGUUCCCUGCUGGCGUCUAUCUGGAGCCUGCUGGCCAUCGCCGUGGACCGUUACGUGACCAUCUUCUACGCGCUGCGCUACCACAACAUCAUGACCACGCGCCGGGCCGCCGCCAUCAUCACCAGCAUCUGGACCUUGUGCACCGUGUCGGGCGUCCUCUUCAUCGUCUACUCGGAGAGCACUACUGUCCUUAUCUGCCUUAUCAUCAUGUUCUUCAGCAUGCUGGUGCUCAUGGCCUCGCUGUACGUCCACAUGUUCAUGCUGGCACGCCUGCACAUGAAGAGGAUCGCCGUUCUGCCGGGCAACGGCCCCAUCUGGCAGGCAGCCAACAUGAAGGGGGCCAUCACCCUCACCAUCCUCUUAGGGGUGUUCAUAGUGUGCUGGGCUCCUUUCUUCCUCCACCUCAUCCUCAUGAUCUCCUGCCCCAGGAACCCCUACUGCGUGUGCUUCAUGACCCACUUUAACAUGUAUCUCAUCCUCAUCAUGUGUAACUCUGUCAUUGACCCGCUGAUCUACGCCUUUAGGAGCCAGGAGAUGAGGAAAACCUUCAAGGAUAUCUUCUGCUGUUGCCCUUAUGCCGGCACCAUCUGUAAGUUUAACUUUCCUUUAUGUUUUAUAAAUACUUUAAUGUCAUUUAUAUAACUUUUUACCAGAUGAAAAAGAUUGCUAGCCAAAAUGGCCUUGUUUGUUAGCCCUAUUGAAAUGGACUGUAGCUAUGUAGCCUGUAUUUUCGUCAUGCUAGCUAAUACGUAUGUGUGUUUGUAUGCAAAUGUUCAGUAUGUUCAUAUUGUUAUACUUACCCAUUCUACUUACCUCUUUUGACCUGUUGCCAAAGAGGCCCUCGACAUACUGUAAGAAGACUGGAGGCCAUUGUUUGUUAAGUGGUGGAGAAAUGUGGCUGCAACGCGAAAGAGAAUCUGAAUGAAGACAAGGCCUCAAAGGGAUUAACAAAAGUGUAAAAAUGUAAUUGAAUAUGUAAUUAAUUUAAAUUAAAAAAAUGCAAUUACGUUUGUAUAAGCUUAUUAUUUAUUGUAUGAUUAUAUAACUACAGUUAAUAACUUGAGGAAAUAGCAUGUGCACUAGUCUAGUAACCAGUGGUGUAAAGUACUUAAAUAAAAAUACUUUAAAGUACUACUUAAGUCGU